UAAUGCUUAAUGUAUGCCGAGUACCAGUCGUCCCGUAUUCCCUAGCCUAGUGUUCAUGUUGUCGGUGUUCUUUCAUUUCACUGCUUUCAAAAUGAUUAAAUAUCCAGAAGUACGAAGAGACGAGACUGUCGUUGACGAUUACCAUGGCACAAAAGUGCCAGACCCUUACGCGUGGUUGGAGGACCCAGACAGCGAAGCGACCAAAGCCUUUGUUGAUGCCCAGAACGACCUCACCAUGCCGUUUCUGGAGAAAUGUACCACUAGGAAACCAUUUCACGAUAGGCUGAAAGAACUCUGGGACUUUCCCAAGUAUGGUUGCCCCUUCAAGCGUGGCUCCCGCUACUUCUACUUCAUGAACACUGGACUGCAAAACCAAAAUGUCAUGUAUGUCCAAGACACCCUGGAAGCUGAACCUAGAGUGUUUCUGGACCCCAAUACAUUCUCAGAGGAUGGUACGGUGGCCCUGAGAGGCCAUUCUUUCUCGGAGGAUGGGGCUUAUUUGGCAUAUGGGCUGAGCACCGGGGGAUCAGACUGGGUCACAAUCAAAUUCAUGGAUGUUGCCAAGGCGGAACCUCUACCAGACAUGCUAGAGAGAGUCAAGUUUAGCUGCAUGGACUGGACUCACGACGGCAAAGGGUUCUUUUACAAUUACUAUGAGAAACAAGAGGGCAAGGCAGACGGCACUGAGACAACAUCCAAUGUCAACCAGAAGCUUAGGUACCACGUCCUCGGUACGGCCCAGUCUGAGGACGUCCUGUGUGCAGAAUUCCCCGAAAACCCCAAAUGGCUGAGCGGUGCUGAAGUGAGUGAUGAUGGUCGUUAUGUCAUUCUGAGCAUCAGACAAGGGUGCGACCCAGUCAACCGUCUGUAUUAUUGUGACUUGGAGAAGACUAAGCAUAAAAUUACUGGAAUUCUGCCUUGGGUGAAACUGAUCGACAACUUUGACGCCGAGUACGAGUACAUCACCAACGAAGGCACGCUGUUCACCUUCAAAACCAACCUGAAAUCCCCCAAGUACAAACUCAUCAACAUUGACUUUGCACAGCCGGCUAUGGAAAAUUGGACGGACCUGGUCCCGGAAUCGGACACAGACGUUCUGGAGUGGACAGCAUGUGUAUGCAAGGAUAAGCUGGUCCUCUGUUAUGUGCAUGAUGUCAAGAAUGUCCUUCACCUCCAUUCCUUGAGCACUGGAGGGAGGCUGACGACAUUCCCGCUAGACGUUGGCACAGUCACUGGAUACUCGGGACGCAAGAAAGACACGCAGAUAUUCUACCAGUUCACAUCGUUCCUAACCCCUGGCGUCAUCUACCGAUGUGAGCUGGACAAGGAUACAGUGCAACCCAAGACAUUCCGGGAGAUCGAGGUUAAAGGGUUUGACCCCAGCCUGUACCAGACCAAGCAGGUCUUCUAUGACAGCAAAGACAGCACAAAGAUACCCAUGUUCAUUGUUCACAGGAAGGGUAUUGAGAUGACUGGUGACCAUCCUGUCUUGCUGUACGGCUAUGGGGGUUUCAACAUCUCCAUCAUGCCCAGUUUCAGCGUCUCCAGACUGGUCUUCAUCCGGCAUUUAGGAGGAAUCCUAGCCAUCCCCAAUAUACGAGGAGGCGGGGAAUAUGGAGAGACGUGGCACAAGGCAGGCAUGCUGGCCAACAAGCAGAAUGUUUUUGACGAUUUCCAGUGUGCCGCCGAAUACCUCAUCAAGAACAAGUACACCAGUGCGAAAAGAAUUGCAAUGAACGGUGGAUCCAACGGUGGUCUGCUGGUGGCAGCCUGCGCCAAUCAGCGUCCUGAUCUCUUCGGAUGCAUCAUCAAUCAAGUCGGUGUCAUGGACAUGCUGAAGUUCCACAAGUUUACCAUCGGCCACGCGUGGACUACGGAUUAUGGCUGUGCAGACAAGAAAGAAGAGUUUGAGUGGUUGAUCAAGUACUCACCCUUGCACAACAUCAAGCCCCCAGCUGACCCAAAAAUCCAGUAUCCAAGCACCAUGCUGCUUACAGGGGACCAUGACGACCGCGUGGUUCCCUUGCACUCCCUCAAGUACAUAGCCACACUGCAGCAUGCCCUGGGCAACACUGAGCAGCAGACCAAUCCACUUUUUGUGCGUGUGGAUACAAAGUCGGGCCACGGAUUCGGCAAGCCCACUGCAAAAGUGAUUGAAGAGUACUCCGAUAUCUAUGCGUUCAUCGCAGAAACCUUGGGGAUUUCUUGGAAGGAAUGACAACAGGUUGUAACUUUCAGAGCGACUGGCUCGUCGGGCAGGGUUAGCUUCAACUGCUCAGGGCUUAUAACCUUCUGUUUUUAGUUUCUCGUUGUGAAAAUAUUCAUGCUGAGAAAUGUCAUAACUUAUAUGUUAGGUGGAAAAAAGUCACAAGUAUAUUUUCUCUUUUCUGAAUGGAGCAAAGUUUCCCUGGGCAACUUAAAUAUCAGACGUUCCAGGUUCUCUCCAGGGAACCAUUUUCUGGGAUUAUUUCCUGACUCAGAGAACACAAUUUUAAUGGAAAACUUUACAAAAUGAAUGGUCUUUAUCAGCAUCACAGAAAUGCAACAGUGCCCUCAGUUGUCCAGAAAUGUCUAGAAUAGUUAAAACAUUCAAAACAGUGUGCCUUUCCGUACACCUACCCAAAGGGAUGUGGAACAGUUUUCACUCGAAGGAAAGGAGUAUAAAAUUGCACAGAAAGUGUGUGUGUAGGAAAAACACAUCGCUAGGACUCUUUAAACACUAUCUGGAAAUCUCAUGAAAAGUUACAACAAAUCGCCUAGCUUGUACCAACUCCAAUGAGAUCAUGAGGGUGGUAGGGUGAAUCUGCACUAUGGUGUAGGGCUACGGGGAAUAAAAAAAGCCUAGAAUUUGAGAAGUUUAUGAUGCAUAUAGUGGUUCAACACGGCCUACUUAAAGUCUUUGUACUGUUCUUCAGCUUUGUUGUUUUUUUUCACUAGGUUGUGGCAGUCAGUAACUUUUUAAAAACCUCACAUUCUCAAAUUUAAGGUUUUCACCAAUUGAAUUCUACCACAAAUUGCCUUUACAUGGAAAAUCAUGUAUUCUUUACAUAUUCGUCAACAUCUAUACUAUAAAAAAACGAGUGGUGCUCCAAAUUUUGUUACCAGAGUGGUGAAAAAUACAUAUAACACUUUUGGUACCAGGGUUGCCAACUCUCAUCCACUGAGCGUGAGACUCAUGCAUUUCAGCUUACUCGUAUGUGCUCAUGUCAUGCUCUCACAGCAUUUCUCCUGCUAAAAAGUUCUUUUUAAUUAGGAAAUGUGGCCAGUGUUUGAUUUCAGAGCCCGGAAUACAUGUAAUGAUGUUCGUCAGCUCAAAAAUUGAUUUUGAAGUGGCAAGAAAAUGCCUCAGAUCAAACCCCAGAGCAAACCCCAGAGCACCAAGAAUCCAAAAAUGUAGGGAUCUUUCUGCAGGCCCCAAAUCUCACACUCACUCUCAGUUCCCUCUCAGUUGGCAGCCCCGUCAAACUUAAAUACCUCCGUCUCCAUAACGCAAACAUCACAUGUGUCUUACUGUUUCUUUACGAGAGGUUUUCACUACCCGUAGUCACUCUUGAUAAUAUGUUGGAUGCAACGUAGCUGUUUUAAAGUGAGCAUGCUUUGUUUAAUAAUGUUUUAAUGAAGUAAUGUUUCUGUGGAUCUUUUAUAUCUCUCUAGAAUUAUCAGGAACAAUUCUUUAUACAGAAAAAUGCAAUUAAUUGCGAAGUGUCGAUUUGUUCCAAUAAACAUGCACUCACUUAUUUGUGAACCUUUGUGGUGUCAAGCUAAAACAUGUUCAUAUAUUCUGGCAAUUUAUGCAAGCCAAAAAAAGAGAAAGAUUCAACAGUGGCAGAUUUGCUGUGAAAUUUCAUGACACUCUUGUGUUUGACUAUGAAAGAGCUUUUCAUGGUUUGUGUCAGUUUGUUUUAAUCGAAAGGCUUGAAUUUCAUACAGUUUCAGACUACUUAUGCCAUGUUCAACUGAAAAGAAGAAAAAUGGACCAAGCCCACGAACAAAAAGUUGUAAAAUUGGAGUGAAUUUUAUGUUUUAUGGAUUUUUCUUUUUAUUACAAUAUUUGGGGGCUACACAUUUUAUGGGCACAUAUACCCAGGCAAGAAGUGACACAUCACUACAAUGGCAAACAUGCCAUGCCAGAAAUGUGGCUCUUGUAAAAGUUAAACACAAACAAAACGGCGGCAAUAUACCUCGAAAUGUUUUGCAUUACAUUAGCAAGGAGUUUUACCACUCCAUUUUCCAGACAACUACAGACGAAAGGUCAAGUAUGACCUACAUGUAUAUAAUUCGAAUGGUUUUCCAACGCUGGAAUUUCUAAGAAGCAGAUCAGAGUUUAUUCAACAUAUAAAGUGCACUAGCAUUUGGUAUUAAUAUGCAUUAUUACCGAAAAAAAUGUCAUGAAAUAUGCAUAAAGAUCUGCCACUGGUGCAAAAUGCUGACAAGAGGACAAAACGUGAAAAGUUACAUUGUAAGGAAAGAGUUCCAUUUUUUUCCCUGCAGUGACCUCUUAGCCAUCUGAAAGCAAAAAAGUCCUAAAAAGUGAAAGUUUGCAGUGAAAAUAUUGAGGUACAUGCAUUCACAAAAUACUGUACUUAGCAGACCCUGUACAGCUAUAGCCAGAGGCUUUGUUGGGGCAUCGUAUUACUGUUAGACAGACAGAUACUUGUUAGACAGACUGCUUGAUGGGUCUAUAUGAUGAAGUCCGGCAAAGCUUUAUAUACUUCUAUGUACACUGGGCUUGAACACCCUGCAAUGUGUAAAUACCAACACUGACUACAUUGACAGCUUGUUAAUUACAGCUGUCAGAAUAACCUGCUCAGUGCCGGGACGUCUGUCCACACCUUGGUUUCUUAUCACAGGCUGAUUUGUACCCCUUUCCCUCACCCCCGCACAGGGGACACGUAAUUCAUUUUCCAACUUGAUUAUAAAUAAAGGAUCUAUACGUGGUGCAGUUCUUGUCA